AUGAAGUCCUGCAGGAAGGAAACUAAGGGAGGAGUACACCAAUACACCAGUACACCAGUACACCAGUACACCAGUAUACCAAUACACCAGUACACCAGUACACCAAUACACCAGUACACCAGUACACCAAUACACCAGUACACCAGUACACCAGUACACCAAUACACCAGUACACCAGUACACCAGUACACCAAUACACCAGUACACCAGUACACCAAUACACCAGUACACCAAUACACCAAUACACCAGUACACCAGUACACCAAUACACCAGUACACCAGUACACCAGUACACCAAUACACCAGUACACCAGUACACCAGUACACCAAUACACUAGUACAGUUGUAGGUUAUU